AGCUAGCGUGCGCACCGCAAAAGAAGAAUCCAAACCGCAUCUUAUCGUCUUCCAUCAACGUUGCCUUUACCAUCUUGGAAUUUACCCCUCUCCAUCCGUUGUUCUCUCAAAUUCUUUAAGCAUUCGUUCAGCUCCAUGCAGGAGACCAGUGGGUGAGGGAAGACUGAGGGCGGCUGAGGUCAUUACGGUACUUCCAAUGAAGCCGCGGCCAACGCUUUUUAAACAUGGCGGCCUCCUUCAGCCCUCCCACCAAAGCUUCUGCUUUCCUCUCCUUCGCUUAGCCUUUACUUGCUCGCUAAGUCUUCCUCUUCGCUUCUCUCCUUACUAGAUUCUCUCUCUCCCCACCACGAGAAAGUUUGAGAGAAGAGGAAAAGGAAGAAGAGCACAUUAAGGGAGGGCUUCUUUGUCGGCACCGAUGGCUGAGCCAAGCUCCCUCCUCCACCCAACCAAGCUUCCAACUCCGAGGCAGAGGACUCCGUCCCCGAAUGCUCCGCAAGGCUCGUCCAAGUUCUUGUCCAGUCUGCUCUACAAACUCGCCUUCUUCGUCGUGUUCCUCGCCCUCCUCCCUCUUUCCCCCUUCCAAGCGCCCGAGUUCGUGGGUGAAACCAUCUCCACCGGACUCUGGGAGCUUCUCCGCCUCCUCCUCGUCGGGAUCGCCAUCUCAUACGGCUUGUUCGGCCGGCGGAACGCGGACCAUGACAUGGAGAAGGAACCGCCGCAGAAGGCUGGUAGCAGCACCCAGUCUUUUGUGUCGCAGAUUCUCCAUGUUCCGUCGGUCUUCGAUGAUGAUGAGGCCGAUAGCCCGCUCGGAGGUCUCGACGAGAGCAAGGUCCAAACAUGGAGUUCUCAGUACUAUAGGAAUGAUCCAGUGGUUGUGGUUGCUAACGGAGGCACGAGGGGCAGCCACGCCGCUAACAAGCCUCUGUUGUUGCCCGUCCGGAGCCUGAAAUCACAGAGACAGCACUCUGGUUCCAGAGACGAAGUCGAUGGAGUUGAGUCAAGAAAUGGAUCCGAGGAAUCAGUCGUCCGUCCUUCUCCAAUUCCGUGGAGAUCACGUUCGGCAAGGAUGGAGCUGAAGGACGACGCUGGACCGGCCACUCCUGCCUUCGAAGUCGACAAGGGUCUUUCAAGGACUUCAUCCUUCCGUUUGCCGGCUUCUCGCGGAUCCCCCACCAGGCCUUCGCCUUCUUCAUCUCUUUCACCGGAGACCAGGGUCAAGAGCAGCGAGGACAUGGUGAAGAAGAAGAGAAACUACAAGCCAGCUCCACCCCCCGCACCGCCACCGCCACCUCCGUUCGCAUAUCUUGGUCAUGGAUUCACAUCCACGUCCGAGAGAAAGAUCACAGCACGAAGCUUCAAAGAUGAGCUGAAGGAUUUGAGCAGGAGAGGGAGCGAGGGGUGGCAGAGAAACAAUGGCGCUGCAGUCGUUGAUCACUCCUUCGAGGGUCCUCCCAUGGGGAGACCAGUUCGAACAUCAAGAGACAUGGAUAACGCAACAACUCGGCGGCCUCCACCAGUCCCAAAAUAUCCGAUCGAGAAGAGGAACGAAUUCAUGGAAAAGGUUUUCGUUUCAUCGGAUGAUGGUUCUGACAGCGAUGAUGAAGAAGAAGCUGCAGAGCCCUCAGCUACGGCUGUGCCCGACUCUGCACCAGAAGCAGGAAUAAAUCGGAAUGAGGUAGACAAGAAGGCUGAGGAGUUCAUUGCCAAGUUCAGAGAACAGAUUAGGCUUCAGAGGAUCGAAUCCAUCAAGAAAUCCACCGGGCAGCGCAAAAAUAGGAAGACACAGCCAUAGAGAUUCAAGGACAAAUGGUGUAGCAUGUGAUGCCCAUCAUUUAUCCUUCGUUGUGCUUUCUCUUCCUCUUCUUUCUUUCUUUGCAGUGAUGCAGUUAUCAGACAUCUUUCACCAAGCAAGGUUGUCAAACAUGUAUCCUGUUGAAUGAAAGAUUCAACAAUUUGGUUGUUCAUCUUCUUCA